AUGCAAUCAGAGGUUGAUGAUUUGGAACGGAGAUAUGUCUCCGUGUAUAAAGAGCUUCUAUUGCAACUGGACAAGCUAUUUCUUUUGCAAAAUGGUAGUAACAUGGAUAGCGAAUUGAAAGCUAAAUCAAGACUACGUGCUUUACAUCAACUUAAUGUGUCCGAAACUGCAUCGUAUCUGAAUAUGAAAGAUACCAACAAUGAUACCAAGAGGCAAGUCACAACCCUUCUUGAGAAUAAAUACGAGAGAGAUGGAGAACUACGCGUCAACAUAGAAAAACACUGGACAUUAAUUGAAAAGUGGUUGAGUCAGACUCAUGAAACAAUAAAACUGCGACAAAAAUUAGUGGAACUCUCUGCAAAAUUCCCAGAACCUGCUGAAAACUCACCGCCAGACCCUAAGCUUACACAGACGCUUGAGAUGUUGCGGUCCAUAUACAGUGUUCUUGUCAUUCAAGGCGGAUAUCAGGACGUGGUCUUUGAUCACGAUUAA